UUUCUAACAUUCUAUCAGGAUACAUUUAUAACACACUUGAUUAUCAUAAAUAAAAAUAGAUGUUGUAAGGGAAUUUGAUCAAAAUGCUUCCAGUUAAAACUUAGAAAACAUAGAUGGAAUGGACUCAAUAUUUCAAAUGAGGAUUUUUAAUUCAUGGAGAGGGCAAAACAUAGGAUUAGCCUUAUUGGUUUUAUCACUCAAUGCAGAAACAACUAAAGGCUGUGUUAACGAUAGAGGCGAGUGCUGUACGAAUUUUUACCAUGACAAUGGGAAAUGCAUUCCCUGUCCUGCGGGUUCAUAUGGAGAUAACUGUUCCAUAACCUGUUCACCUCCGUUCUACGGGAAGGACUGUAGGCACCGGUGUACAUGUAGUCCGGAUGAGGAGUGCAAUCCCUAUAAAGGAUGUGUCAGAAUCGAUACCGUGUCCACUCCUUCUACAAGUAUCAAAGCAGGAAACGGCAUGAAGUCAAUUCAAAAUUCAAUGAAAGUGGAAAGAAAAUCAACGAGAAAUCGUAACAAUUCAAAAGUAGACAAAGCAUAUCCUGUUUCUAUGGAUAUCAUUCCUACCUUAGCAGUGGUAUCCAAGGAAACAUAUUCUGUGACUCCUACGUCAGCUUCUGGAGGUAACUCACAAACUUUGCAGGUCAUCAUAAUCACAGGAUCUGUUUUAUCUUUAUUUUUGAUCAUAAUAAUAAUUAACCAGAUUCACGGAAAACUGAAAAAGCACAUGAACAUCAUUUCUACAAGACAAAUAUCUGACCCCGUGGCUACAAAUGAAGCAGAGGAAGAGGCAUAUGUAGAAAUCAACGAGUCUGGCAUGCUGGGAAAUAGUUCAAGAUACGAGAAAUUUGAGUCACAACCUUCAAUAAAACAACAAAAAACAAACGAAGAUGAUUCGAAAAUUGAAAUAUGUGAUGUCACAAAACCAAUGCUUCCAAAAUUAAGGAAUCGAGUCAUUGGAACAAAAUCAGAAGAAUCUAGUGUUAGACAAGAAGAUGAGAGUUCGGAAGAUAGACGUUCAGAUUAUCUGGAUGUUGUGACCGAUAAACUUAAUGAAUCCCCGGAUAGUUCUUACCUGAAACCAGUAUGUAUGCUAAACACAUAUAUAGACGUGAUAGGUUCGCCACCAAAAGGGAUGUCAGAAAGCGAAAGUCGAACCGAGUGUCAGACCUUUGAUAUGGAAAGUCCAUCGAUCUGUCAAAGCGAGCUAACCAGCCAAAGGGACACAUAUCUUGAAGUUGUCCAUCAAUAGAGACCGUUCAUAUUUUGUUUUUAAUCUUAUAUAACACAUACUUGUAAAAAAAAUGUGAAUCAGCAUGUAAUAAAACGGGUUAAACGUAACUGUCAACGAUUAAAACAAGAUCAAUCUUGUGAUUGUAUUAUCUGAAACUGUCACCUAUUUGAUUUACAUCUUAUAUAACUUAGUGUAUAAUAGCUUUCUUUCAAAUAGCGAUGAAUAUUUGUAAUUCAUAAAUUGGUCUUUAAGUUUUCUUUGUACACAAACUAUUUAGGUUUUGUAAAUUCCAGUUCUAGAAGAGAAAAUCCCUAAUCCGUCAAACAAAGUACUUGCUUUCUCCAAAUUUUUAUAAAAGUCAACUUUCCAUAUUACCGUUUCUGCAUACAAAUCGACUUUCAAUGAAUACAUUUAUCUCUUGGAAUUUUGGGCAAUCAUCAAAACCAAUGCCUCUUUCUCUCAACUUCAGCGCACACUGUUUCCUAAAGAAGAUGGCAAUUUGAUCCACUUGAAUACUUGCAUCAUUUUGACAGAGCUGGGUGCAUGUCGAGUAACGUCACUGUUCACAUGUGUUUGCUUUCGGGUUGACAUUAUUACUUCCGGUUGUUAUAAAAUAGCCGAUAAAUUUAUAUCAAAGUUAUGAAGGCGGUAUAAAUUGAAUCCGCGUUUAUAUGAUGAAACAGAAUUGUUAAUUUGUAUUUUGAUUUAAUUUGGAUACAAUGAAAAGAUUUGAUAUGUGAGAAAUGCACUGCAGAGAUUUAUUAUUGUAAUAUAAUUUUUCUAUCAUUUAUCGGCUACGUUUGCAUUAGACUGAGGCGUGAUAAUUCUUCUUGCUCAAUCAGAACGCCGGGUAGUUUGUCUGAUUAAUCGAUAAUCCAAUCAGAUAACGUAACGCACAAAUCUGUUAUUAUCUGUUAAAAUUCUUUCUUUUCUGUUACGCUACAUCAUGUUUUAGUAUAAAAAGUUAAAACGCGCGUAUUUUAGACACAGUCGUUUGAUUAGAUUUUGACUUGGUAGGUUUACGUUUUGUAAGGCACUUAUUUAUUUUUUAAUUUUAUUUUUAUUUUGUCUAUCCAUUUAUUUAUUCAAGUUUAUUAUUUACAUUUUUAUUUCAUAGGUGAUCGUGAAUGAACAAUUAUGCAAUAAUUAUUGUUGCAGUUCUAUCAUGAUCAAGAACUCAUAAAUUUCUAUGAAAUAGAGUUCUUUCCUUCAUUAUUCUAAUCAAGUUCUUUAUCUAUUUAUUUUAUUUUCUUUCAAUUUAUUUUUAUAGAAACAAAUUAGCCAUGCUAUACAUUUGUACUCUUUCUCUCUUUUUGGCCGAAAUAUGAUCAAUUCAUCGAAAGGCCUGUUUUUAUUUCAUUCAAUAUUAAGAUCUUUUAGAUAAUAAUUUACAUUGAAAUAUUGUUUUUGUAUAGAAUUGAGUACUUUCAUAAUUUUCGUAGACAUUAUGGUAUUAUCAACAAGCUAUAACUGUUAAAACAGAACAACUUGCCGUUAAGUUUACAAGUCGGAAGUUACAAAUAACUAAGACUUGCUUCAUAUAAUUUAAUUUUAUUGUAAAUGGGUUGUGACGGGUUUCAGAAGUCUGUUUUGGAUUAAUAGCGCCUGAGUACUUUAGUUCCAAUUUUUAAUCGACUGUCUAGAUAGGUUUAACUUAGAAUAGUUUUGUACGUUAUGAUCGUAGUAUGGAUGUGAUGGUAUGAAUGUAUGUUGAAAUCUAUUUGCAUUUUUUGGUUAUACUUUCAUGAAUUGUUUAAUGUUUAUUGAUUUUCUGUCUUGAAUUGGAUAUAUCAGCGGAUGAUUUAGGUAAUCGGAGAAGAGAAGGAAAAAUAAUCUUUUAAUGCCUCCCCGAUAUCGAUACCGUUACAGUGUAUCUUUGUAUGCCCUCUGGGCCCAAAAUUGGAAAUGAAUUACUUACUUAGUCGUAUAUGAAAGGUGAAGAUAACGAACAGUGAUCAAUCUCAUAACUCCUAUAAGCAAUACAAAAUAGAAAGUUGGGCAAACAUGGACCCCUGGAUAUACCAGAGGUGGGAUCAAGUGUCUAGAAGGCCUAAGCACCCCCUGUCGACCGGUCACACCCGCCGUGAGCCCUAUAUCUUGAUCAAAUGAUCAAUACGUAAAAUGGUUGACUGAAUCUAUUGUAUAAUUUGUUUCCUGUUUAUUAAAAACGUGAAUCUUCCGCAUUCACUAACGUUCCAUCAGGAUAUAACACACUUAACUAUUAUUGAAAAAUAAAUGUUUGAAGGGAAAUAAAUCAUAGGGUUUCCAUUCUAUGUUUCCAAAGCGUAGAUCGAAUGGAUUUGAUAUUUCAAAUGAUAAUUUUUAAUUCACAAGGAUGUCGAGAUAUCAUAGGAUUAGCCUUAUUGGCUUUAACACUCAAUGCGGAAACAACAAAUAAAGGCAACUGUAUGAACGAUCGGUAGGUAAAACAAUGCCUGCCCUACAGGUUCCUAUGGAGAUAACUGUUCCACUACUUGUCCAUACCCGUCGUGGGGGGAGAACUGUGGUUUCUGGUGUAAAUGUAGUGUGGAUGAAGUGUGUAGUCCCCAUAUAGGGUGUGUCAAAACAAGUACUGCAUCCACUUUUUCUACAAAAACCAAAGCCGGAAACUACAUGACGUCCACUCAAAACUCCAUAAAACCGGAAAUUGAUGCUGCAAUAAAUAACACCUCUUGUAUGUCCAAUUGAUUAUGAAAAGCCCAAAUUUUAUUCAACUUCCUUCAUGUAUUACGCUUUCAUAUUUCAGUGAAAGGUACAAAAGUUUAAAUGCAUACAAAAGGUUCAUUCUUGGAUAUCUUUUGUUUUCAAUGUUGUCUUCCCAUAAUGUUUCAUAGUAACAAAAUGUGAACUUAAUAUUGUAUUUUACUAGUGAUUUUCUUCCUUUUUUCAAAAUAGCAUCUUUUGCAUUGACUAAAAAACCAUCCACUUCUAUUUCCCUUUACUUCUCUUCUGUCAUUUCAACACCUUUCGAUAUGAUGAAAUAGUUUUAAUGUACAGAAACGUCGUUUUAAAGUUGACAAUGUAUAAACCUGACAAUAUAGGCAGGUUCUUGAAAGUUUGCAUAUGUAGAAAUGAUAUACGUAGCAAUCCUCAAAUUAAAUUUAGAAACCUAUUUUCAUCGGAGAAAAAUAUCACAUGAACAUGUCAAGUUAUUAAAUGGCAGCUUUUGAAUUCUAUAAAUCCAUCAAAUAAAGUACAUGUACACGGGAGAAGGUAAGUAAAUCAAACAAGUAUUUAUAAUAUUUCCGUUUAUAAACCCGUUUCACUUAGUAUUUGUAGCUGAUAAAUCCUAUUCCCUAGAAAUAAAAAAAGAUGUCAACAUUAAAUAUUAUGAUAUGAAAUCCUGGGUAAUAAUUACACUAGAGUUGAAUUAGUGCUUGAAAUGAACAAAUGGCUUCGCUGGACAUUAUACGGAUAAAUUACUAUUCAUUUAAGAUCCAUUUCUGUCUUUUCAUAUUAUAUUGUGUCUAUUUUACGAUGUCUCGGUAGAUAUUAGAAUUGAAUGAUAGGGCUUUCCAUUUAUUUAUUCUGAUUAUCCUCACAAAGCAUCCAUGACUAAAACUUCGUGUAGUUUCGGAUAAAUCUCUUUUUAUCGUAAUAUUGAUGUUCCAAGAUUAAAUAGCGUACAUGUUAUCCGAAUUUCAAUGCCCAAGACAUUGUUCACCACCAUUUUCUUACCACUUUUAAAUCUGACGGUCAAUCUGGAAUUCACGCAUGGGUUGAAAUCGACAAAAACGCAAACAAACAGGUGUAUCACAACUCUUACAGCAAACCCCAAAGUGGCAUGUCUGAAGUUGAAAUGGAAUGAAUGGUAAGUUAGCUGUCUUUAUAUAUCGAACAAACAUAUUUCUUUUAUUUGCUGUGGUGUGCCAUUCACUGUUUAUUACUUCUUUAUGCUAAAUAGAUUAUAUUUGGUGCAAGGAAUCAUAAGUAGUAUUUUUGAAAUUGAGAUUUCUUAUUUUUGGUAUUAAAUAUUGUAAUAUUUCCCUCAGAUUCUUUGCUAUUUGAGUUACCGAUAUAUCAAGAAUUUCAUGAUAUUUUUAUAGAUAUUCAACAAUUCAUUGUGUAAAAUUCGAAUUAUUGGUGUCUAGAGUUCACCUUGUCUUUUCAUAUCAGUAAAAAGAUACAAAUUUAAAGAGGGAUUUGGCUUCACUAACGGGAGCUUUAAGUACAUCUCCAGAUGAUCUAGCCCUACAACCACCAACAUGUGAUGCGAGUUCCCAUAAUCCAGAAGCUCUAUAUUUUGCUGUGCCUCGCGUAGUAGUGAAGUGUCCUCUCAAUCACCUGCAGCAUAUUUAACAAUAGAUGAUGCAAUGCAGUCUAAAGUGCAGAGCCUUGAGUCAACCCAUCCCUGGUAUCACUAUGCACAAGGCUAUCUCCAUUUAUACAACAAUAACGGUUGUGAUUUGAUUAUUUCGACUGGAGUAGGCUGUCAAAUUGUCGGGAUCAUAAAGGACUCCGAGUUGACCAAAAAAAGCACAUUGCACAGCCGAUAUGAUUUUUUCAACACUUUCAUUCCUGAAAUAAUUCAAGGGAACAUACAAGCAGAGCUGCCGUAUACGGUGUAAAUGAUUUUACAUCCAAAUAACCAGCUUGUCUAACAUUCCAAGUAGCCAUUUUAACCCCUAAGUGAAGAGGGUGUACCGAUAGAGUAAAGUAACCUGCCCAAGGAUGCAAAUGAUAUCACAGAGUUUAGCUACUGACCGGAGGUUUUUCAGCACUGCAUACUGUAUCAUUUAUACGUGAACAUGUGAUAAAACUAAUAAGCAAAACAUUUUCCUAGUUGAAAAUGAGACACGAGAUAAAAUAUUUUAUCAUCUGAGAUGAUGAAAUAACAAUUUAA